GCGGCCCCGAGCGGCUCCAGAACGGAGGCCCGCGCCGAACCCAGGCCCUUCCUCGCUUGCCGCGGGGCCCUGCGUUGUACCCGUCCCCCUUCCUGGGCCGUCCGGUUUGGUGAGGGCACCUGGACCAGCGGGAAGGCUGCAGGAAAGAUCUUCCCAGAUAGAGGGAACUGCACGUGCAAAGGCAGGGAGAGUGCACGGGAGUUUUGCGCCUGAGCCCGGCAGGGGAGCAGGUCCUGGAGGCAGCUCCUGCUGGGAUGGCAGCUCCAGCAUCUUUAAGGGCCACAGGGGGUCCAGCCCCACCGGGGGCACCCUAGGACUCCCACAGCCAUCUGUGCACCUGCCCCCCACUCAUCUGUGGGCCACUCGCCAUGGGUGGGUGCUUCUCCAAGCCCAAGCCAGUGGAGCUCAAGAUCGAGGUGGUGCUGCCUGAGAAGGAGCGGGGCAAGGAGGAGCUGUCAGCCAGCGGGAAGGGCAGCCCUCGGGCCUACCAGGGCAAUGGCACAGCCCGCCACUUCCACACUGAGGAACGCCUGCCCGCCCCUCACCCGUACCCUGGUGCUCAGGACUGUGUGGAGGCCGCCAUCUGCCAUGUCAAGGACCUUGAGAAUGGCCAGAUGCGGGAAGUAGAGCUGGGCUGGGGGAAAGUGUUGCUGGUGAAGGACAACGGGGAGUUCCACGCUCUGGGCCACAAGUGUCCACACUAUGGUGCACCCCUGGUGAAAGGUGUGCUGUCCCGUGGCCGGGUGCGCUGCCCCUGGCAUGGUGCCUGCUUCAACAUCGGCACCGGUGACCUAGAGGAUUUCCCUGGCCUGGACAGUCUGCACAAAUUCCAGGUGAAGAUUGAGAAGGAGAAGGUGUACGUCCGAGCCAGUAAGCAGGCCUUGCAGCUACAGCGAAGAACCAAAGUGAUGGCCAAGUGUAUCUCUCCAAGUGCUGGCCACAGCAGCAGCACCAACGUGCUGAUUGUAGGCGCAGGUGCAGCUGGCUUGGUAUGUGCAGAGACACUGCGGCAGGAGGGGUUCUCAGACAGGAUCGUCUUGUGCACACUGGACCGGCACCUCCCCUAUGACCGGCCUAAGCUCAGCAAGUCCCUGGAUGCACAGCCUGAGCAGCUGGCCCUGAGGCCCAAGGAGUUCUUCCGAGCCUAUGGCAUCGAGGUGCUCACCGAGGCCCAGGUGGUUACGGUGGACGUGAGAAACAAGAAGGUUGUGUUCAAGGAUGGCUUCAAGCUGGAGUACAGCAAGCUGCUUCUCGCACCAGGGAGCAGCCCUAAGAUGCUGAGCUGCAAAGGCAAAGAGGUGGAGAACGUGUUCACCAUCCGGACACCUGAAGAUGCCAAUCGUGUGGUGAGGCUAGCCCGGGGCCGCAACGCAGUGGUCGUGGGAGCUGGCUUCCUGGGGAUGGAGGUGGCUGCUUAUCUGACUGAAAAGGCCCACUCAGUGUCCGUGGUGGAGCUGGAGGAGACGCCCUUCAGGAGAUUUUUGGGGGAACGUGUCGGUCGUGCCCUCAUGAAAAUGUUUGAGAACAACCGGGUCAAGUUCUACAUGCAGACAGAGGUGUCUGAGCUGCGGGCCCAGGAGGGAAAGCUGAAGGAGGUCGUGCUGAAGAGCAGCAAGGUUGUGCGGGCUGACGUCUGUGUUGUGGGCAUUGGUGCAGUGCCUGCCACGGGCUUCCUGAGGCAGAGCAGCAUCAAUCUGGAUUCCCGAGGCUUCAUCCCUGUCAACAAGAUGAUGCAGACCAACGUUCCGGGCGUGUUUGCAGCUGGCGAUGCUGUCACUUUCCCCCUCGCCUGGAGAAACAAUCGGAAAGUGAACAUCCCACAUUGGCAGAUGGCUCAUGCCCAGGGGCGCGUGGCGGCCCAGAAUAUGCUGGCGCAGGAGGCGGAGAUCAGCACCGUGCCCUACCUGUGGACAGCCAUGUUUGGCAAGAGCCUGCGCUACGCUGGGUACGGAGAAGGCUUCGACGACGUCAUCAUCCAGGGGGAUCUGGAAGAGCUCAAGUUCGUGGCUUUUUACACCAAAGGCGAUGAGGUGAUUGCUGUGGCCAGCAUGAAUUACGAUCCAAUCGUGUCCAAGGUGGCUGAGGUGCUAGCCUCAGGCCGUGCCAUCCGGAAGCGGGAGGUGGAGACCGGCGACAUGUCCUGGCUCACAGGGAAAGGAUCCUGAGCUCGCAUGCAGCAGACUUGGGCAGGCACGCUGGGGCACCAGGGACAGAGGCCAAGCCUUGGGGGCAGGUGCCAACCUCCAAUUUCCCAGGAUCCCCCAGGGCAGAACCUGAGCCUUCCCAGUGCUUGCCUUCGGUUGCCUGGCUCACCUCCAGAGAGGCUUCUGCUGCCUCCAGGAGAUGCUUACCCCCCAAGGCCUCAGCUGCCACUGAUGGCUGACAAUGGAGGCAGGACAGGCUUGUCCUCUUCUCCCUUUCUUGAGACUGGUUCCCUACAGGACCCUGCAACAUAUUAGAUAUUAUCUUAAAAUUAAAACGCACACGUUUGCA